AUGCCUCGGCACCGACACGACGAUGGACUGCAAGUACCGUCAAUGUGCUCUCGGGCUAGCUCAAUGCUACGACGAGCGGGCAGCCCAAUGCCCAAUGCAACCGCUCCCGGGCUUCUUGAGGGUCUUCUCGGAAUCAUCCAAUCCAACCUCACGACGCCACGCAAGAGCGUCAAUAACUCGAGGAGCUCGUUCCAAUGCCGCGGACACGGGAAGCUCAAUGAACACCUCGAUUUCGUCUUCUCAACCUCCAGACGCGUUGCAAGUGCGUCAAUGCUCUCUUGGCUCAGCCCAAUACAGCUGGUCUCGGGCGGCCAAUGGUCUAGUCAGCGCUCAGCCUCUCUUCUCAUCCGAGCCCCGAUGCCACGCAAGAGCAUCAAUGCCCGCGCAAAACGCCUGGAUGACCUUGCGAGCUCGCCCGAUGACAAGGAGACCGGGCAGCUCAAUCACUUCUUCUACAUCCUCUCGAGCAAAUCCGGCGCCUCGACUCCUAGCCGCCAAGUGGCAAUGACAUUCCCGAACCCAUGCUAUGCUGGCGAGCUCUUGGCAACCUGGAGAUCAACGAAGGCUUGUUCUCGCUACCGAGGAUAA